AUGGAACCGUAUGCGUUACUCCAAAACAUAUCUGGUCUCUCAGUUGAGGACCAGACUUUCGUCUCUCGAUUUGGGCGCGGCCCAAUACUUCCCGUCUCCCAUAACACAGUACAUGAGGCCUUUGAGAGUAUCGUGGAUACUCAUCCAGGUACUGUGGCUGCCAUACAUGGAGUCAAAAGCAUCACGUACCUGCAAUUGGAUCUUGCUGCCAACCGUUUGGCACACUACCUCAUCGCCUCAGGACUUCGACCCAGACAACGAGUAUGUGUCGUAGUGCAACGAUCAAUAGAGAUGCUCAUUGGCUUCUUUGCCAUCAUGAAGGCUGGAUGCCAGUACGUUCCAAUCGAUGGUGGCGUCGCAUCUGACGAAGCUUUGCGACACAUAUUCGAGGACACUGAAGCCCGUUUCAUUUUGUGUCUACCCCAGUACUGGGAUAGAGUCAAGCAGUUCGCCAAUCUUAAUACUGUCGUCCUCGAACUAGGCAUGAACACUGGAGCGUUCUACUCUCCUAGUAGACCAGGCAUUCCUGUCACAUCGGACGAUGGUGUGUACGCAAUGUACACUUCAGGAAGUACUGGUGUACCCAAAGGCGUAGAUGUCAAGCAUGGUGCUAAGACCAACGCUCUCCUUUCGGAGCCGGGUCGAUUGGGAAUGAUCGUUGGCUCAAAGGUCGGCCAGGUUUUGAGUAUAUCCUUCGCUAUGGGAGCAUGGGAGAUGUUGGGGUGCUUGAUGAAUGGCGGGACGUUGUAUCUACGAGGAUCUGACUGGGAUGCAACACUGAAACAGAUUGACACUCUGAUAUGUACUCCUUCCAUUCUCGCAAAGUAUAACCAACAACACUAUCCGAACGUCAAGACAAUCGCUGUAGCAGGAGAAGCGUGUCCACAAGGUCUUGCUGAUGACUGGGCUCAAGGUAGAUCUUUCUGGAAUCUACUAGGCUCUACGGAAACCUUUCUGCUUUCUGCACAAGAGCAUGUCGUCGGCACGCCUUUGUCGAUCGGUCGACCCCUACCCAAUGUCUCUUGUUACGUUCUCGAUGAUGCAGGUAGACUUGCGCCAGUUGGGCAGAAGGGCACACUCUGGGUGGGCGGCGCAGGUCUCGCAAAGGGGUAUAUCAACCUGCCUCUGACGACUGCAGAAAAAUUUCAGCCAGACGAAUUCUCCAACGAUGGCUCCAAGAUGUACAACUUUGGGAAUAUCGUAUGCUGGAAAUCAGAUGGCACUCUGGAUUCAUUCGGCCGAAUGGACGAUCAAGUGAAAAUCAAGGGAUUCCGCGUCGAGCUCGACGGUGUUACUGCUACUAUCGAGAGAUUCAUUGGUAUUACGCGAGCUGCCGCUCUGGUCAUCGACGGCAUACUGCACGGAUUCUAUGCAUCCUCCGCUUCCAUCAAUGAACAAGAGCUCAAUGACUCUGUUCGAAAGCAACUUCCUUACUACUCCGUGCCUGAGCGAUGGCUGCGCGUUGACGACAUCCCUUUGAACUCCAACGGCAAGGUCGACAAGACACAACUAAAGACACUUGCAGCAGCAUACAACAUACCGACGUCGGAAGUGAAGCGUGUGAAACCGAUGCAUACAAGGGUAGAUUCAGCUAUGGACGCUUUAGUGCUGCCCGAGAAGGUUGCGAUUCCUCAGGAGCCUAUGCGACGUUUGUCAGAUGUCGAUCUCGAGAAGACUUCUGCACUGAAGAGUCUUACACAAUGCUCCUUGAUGGAAAAGGACCCGCCGCUCAACGUACCAGCCAGACUACCAGAGCCGAAGGGCUCAGAGGUGACGGCUUGGCUGCGGCAUCGUGGUCUGAUCGCAUACCGCUGGUUCCUAUUUCCGAUCGUCUUUGUCAACAUUGGUGUUGCGUGCUGGCUGCUCUAUGAGGGCAUCGAGAGCAGGGAGUACCCAUUGUCAUCCGUCGCAAACGCCACAGCAUCGAAUCUUUGUGCUGCGAUCUUGAUACGAUCAGAACCGAUCAUCAAUCUGCUCUUCUUUGUCUUCUCAUCCGUGCCUACUUGGGUACCGCUUGGGAUACGAAGAAUCUGCGCAAACGUAUUCCACAUUGGCGGGAUACAUGUGGGAUGCGCCAUCGCUGCUGUCAUCUGGUUCGUGAUCUUCGUGGUCGGCGCGAGCCUUGAGAUGGCGAAAGAUGUCGAUGAGAGAGUCAUAUCAGUAGCCCCGACAGUAUUGUCUUAUCUCAUCCUGGUCUUGUUGCUCGCCAUGACUUCGCUGUCGUACCCGGCUAUCCGAAACCGACACCACGAUAUCUGGGAGGCUCUGCAUCGUUUUGGUGGGUGGACGGUGCUCAUUCUCUACUGGGUGCUCGUCGGACUAUCUACCAGAGAUUUAGCCCGUGGACGCAUGCCAUCGACCUCAGAAGCAUAUUUACGAAACCCCUCGAUCUGGCUGAUUGCCGCCGCGACCUGUGCGAUCAUUUUCCCGUGGCUGUUCCUCCGUCGCGUACCGGUUCGUUCUGAAGUGUUGUCCUCGCAUGCCAUCCGCCUGCACUUCGACUCCAAGAUAGCACCAGGCAAGGGCGUUCGCCUUGCGCAACACCCGCUCCGUGACUGGCAUGGAUUUGCCACCAUCACAAACGAGCCUCAUGGAAAGGGCUACUCCGUGAUCGUCAGUCGAGCCGGAGACUUCACGGGCCAUCUCAUCGAUACCGCACCAAGAUAUAUCUGGAGACGCGGCAUCCCCACAUCUGGUGUUUUGCGCAUCGCAACACUGUUCAGGAGCGUCGUCGUAGUAGCCACCGGCUCCGGCAUUGGCCCAUGCCUGUCAAUCUUUCCCUACCAACACAUCGCCAUGCGCAUCCUAUGGACUGCACCCAAUCACGAGACGACGUUUGGGAAAGGCAUGGUUGAAGCUGUCCGCGGAAGAGAUCCACAAGCCGUGCUUUACAACACCCGGACGUCUGGUAAACCUGAUAUGAGUCUCUUAACAUACGCGCUCUAUAAAGAGAGUGGUGCAGAAGCGGUGUUGGUGAUUAGCAACAAGCGGUUUACACAGCAAAUUGUGUACGACAUGGAGAAGCGGGGAAUUCCGGCCUAUGGUGCCAUAUUCGAUUCUUGA